UGGUUGUGGAAUCAACCACCAGGGACAGUGCGACGUACAGUGCACGGCUUUGUACACUGUAUACGCGGUUGCCACCAUCCGGCGCGUAAGGUACUGGUUGCGACAAGCUCUCGACUCGCGGGCCUAAACAGGGCCCCCGGACGAUACAGCAUAUCCUCCCCCACGGCCAUCGACUCUACUCGACGACGAGCAAACGCCGAACGUGUACCGCACAUGCACAGGUCACGACGUCAUACCGCCAUAUAAGCGCGCAUUCCGCAUCGGGCUGAGCACGGCGCCCAGCUUCCUGAGCUCGGCCGCACCUAGCGCCAUGACGCUGAGCGCUCAAGAGGUCGCCCAGCUCCGGGUCGCUCUGCAGGAUGCCGUCGUCAAGUGCUCAGAAAGGUGUCUCUAUCAGUCUUCCAAAUGGGCAGCCGAGCUCCUCAAUGCCCUUCCCGAAUCCGACGACACCGACCGAGACGUCGAUCUGACCGACAGCAAACACACAUCCCCGAUAUUCACGCCGAAUCCAGACCCGGAAGAGGCCGCGCUGGAAGCGAAAGAGCUGAGCAAAUACCUGCUUGCCAAGAGCUUCUUCGAUUGCAAGGAGUACGACCGAUGCGCCGCCGUCUUCCUGCCCGAGUCGCUCCUCGCGACGGUCCUCGCUUCGCAUUCCGACUCCGCCGGCACGUCGGCGCAAAAGGGCAAGGGCAAGGCCAAAGCUACAGAAGAGCGGCCGUCGCAUACAGGCCCUCUGCCAAGAAUCAGCCAGAAGAGCCUCUUCCUCGCCCUGUACGCCAAGUUCUUGUCCGGAGAGAAGCGCAGGAAUGAAGAGUCGGAGAUGGUCAUGGGUCCGCAGGAUCUUGGUACCGUGGUCAACAAGCAAUUGCUACUUGUCGGCCGCUAUCUCGCCGCGUGGUUUGAUGAGAGGACUACAGACGAUGACGAGGCCAUGGGCAGCCAAGGCUGGCUCGAGUACUUAUACGGCAUGGUCCUUGCCAAGGAGAGAAACGACUCUAAAGCCAUGGAGUUUUUGAUCCGGAGCGUGCACAAGUAUCCGAUGAACUGGGGCUGCUGGCUGGAGAUGACGUCGCUCAUUUCCAGAGUUGAAGAGUUGAAUCGGAUAUCGAGGCACUGCCCGCAGAACAUCGUAUCCUUCAUGUUUCACCUUCACACGUCACUCGAGCUUUACCAGCAGUCUGCCAGUCUUGCCAAUAACCUCGAACAACUCCUCGCCAUCUUCCCCACCUCCUCAUUCCUCCUCACUUGCAAUGCGCUGCUCGCAUAUCACGCCAAGGACCUCAUGGCCGCUGAGCAGCAUUUCAGUCGAUUACUCGCUCUGCAUCCCCACAGGCUCGACUCGCUCGACCACUACUCCAAUAUCCUCUACGUUUUGAAUCUGCGGCCGAAGCUAGCAUUCGUUGCGCAUUUAUGCUCCAGCGUGGACAAGUUUCGCCCAGAGUCGUGCGUAGUCAUCGGAAACUACUAUUCAUUGCUGUCUAUGCACGAAAAGGCAGUACAAUACUUCCGCCGCGCGUUGACUCUGGACAGGUCCUGCCUAUCAGCCUGGACACUCAUGGGCCACGAGUACGUCGAGCUUAAAAACACCCACGCCGCCAUUGAAUCAUAUAGGCGAGCGGUGGAUGUCAAUCGUCGGGACUACCGUGCAUGGUACGGCCUCGGGCAGACGUACGAAAUGCUCGAGAUGCAUACAUACUCGCUAUGGUACUACAAGAAGGCGGCUGGUCUCCGCCCCUGGGAUGGCAAGAUGUGGCUCGCCGUCGGCUCCUGUCUGCAAAAGAUGGGUCGGGACCGCGACGGAAUCAAGGCCCUCAAACGCGCCCUGCUCGCCGACGCAUACUACGACGUCGGGAGCAGUUUCGGCAGUGGCGGCGACCUCCUCGGCGCCCGUGGGGCUACCGGCCACAUGGACCCCGAGAUUCUGCUGCAGAUUGCCGCCAUGUACGACCAGUUGGACGAGGAGGAGGAAGCAAAGGCGUACAUGGAGCUAUGCGUGGCGCAGGAGGAUGGCGGCGCCGCGGCCGCGGCCGUGGACAUCAACCUGGACGAGUCGGUCAUGAUACACAACGACUCGCCACCGGGCUCGGACAACGGCCAGGAGCGCGACGACAAUGCCGCGGCGACGGAGGGCACCGGCGUCACGGCAGCGACGAGCAAGGCCCGCAUGUGGCUGGCCAGGUUCGCCAUGCGCACCGGCGACUACACGACGGCGGGCCGCCUUGCCACGGAGCUUUGCCAGGACGGCGUCGAGGUCGAGGAGGCCAAGGCCUUGGUACGAGAGAUCAGGUCGAUACUGGAAUCUGCAGGCGGUGGCUAUCAUGCCGUGGGUUAGAGACCACCUGGCUUCAAAUAGCAGCACAUGAUGGGCAGCAAGUCUUCUCACAUGCUCACGCGCUCAACGAAGUCGAUGACACUUGCAAUCAAAACAGUCCUAGGCAUCGAAGUUCAAUUAAUACCUAAAGAGACACUUUUCCCUUCCUGUCC